GGUGUGUUGGGAAGGUGGCACGUUUCCCUGGAGGGGGUCCGGAGAAGCCAGGCGAUCUGACCGCGGGGCCAGAUUAAAUGCGGGUCGGUUUCACGCUGCCCCGACGCUAGAACGCACAGUGCUCACGCCGCCGGGGGGAGUGCGAAAGACCUGACCUUCGCGGUUAUCCCAUCUGCGAUUGAAAGCAAACACCGUGAAUGGGCCACUUUUGCACGGAGAUCCUGCAAAGCCUUUUAAACGGAACCCAGCAAAACCACAAAUGCGUGAUGUUUCUUACUGUUGUGGCCUGGACUCCCUGUGUAUCGCAGGCGAUAUCGUACAUUCCACGAUAUGUGAAAAACUGCGAUAUGCAGACAUCAUUUUAGCAGUUGUAUUUUAUUUACUUUAUUAAUCAUGGUCGUUAUAGGGUGCGUCAAUUGCAGCUUUUCACCAUUUUACCCAUGCAAUUUUUAAACUUACUAAAACAUUUCUUCCAAGAAAUGGGAGACUGUUAUAGAAUGUAACGAAAAUGUUCAACCAACCCAUAGUUUGUCUUACCAAAAGUUCACUAGCUUAAUGCUAACAUGUAACAGAAACAAAUUAGCUUCGACGUUAGCGUGCUAUAGCUUCAAACGUGUGCAAACGGCAUCCAAAAGCAAAUAUUAGUUGGGGACCUUAACACCCUUCUUGCUGUUAAUUCCGCCUCAUGUCGUCUUCCGCUGGACUUCCAUCCUGCCAGGCCUGUUGUGGCACAACGUGGUACUACACGGAAGGUGCGCAACUCUAAAUCAGACGUGCCCGCCCGCGUACAGUAAAAACCCGUUCAAACGAUGAAUCGAAUAAGCGCAAUCAUUUCCAAAUCUGCACGACAAGCGAGUGGUCACUGGGCAGUAAACUUGACAGCACAUGAUGCCAAAAACGAUUUGAGAUAGCAAAAGAUGGUCGCGGAAGUCAGAGGCCAUCGUUAUCGCCACUUGCGGCUCGUAAAGGCACACGAGGGCGGCCGGUGAGCUGCACCUGACCGCUGGCUGUCAUCCAUCUUUAAUAACGCUCGUUAAUCAUUGAUGCCGGCUGGCGGCUGCCCACGACCGUCCCGUCUGCGCGCACUACCCUCUGGCCUCUGCGGACGGAAGACGGCAACGUCCGUCCGCCUCCUCCCAGCGGCACGCAUUGAUGAGCGCCGUCGCCGGAGCGCCGCCGCCCGUCGUGCUCGGCGUGGGCAUCGGCGGACCCCGCGGAGAGAGGAAGACCCCGCUGAGGCUCCCGUCGCUCGGCGGGCGCGGCGACGACGCGGCCCGACUGAGCCUUAGUGAGGCGUCGCCGCACCAAGCAAAGGACAACCCCUCAUUUGAGACCCGUUGCUGUGUCCGCCCUCCUCCUCCUCCUCCUCCUCUUCUUGCUCUUCCUCCAUCCUGCAAGUCCGAGGCCCACCAACCGGCAGCACCCGGUCGUCGUCGCAAAGACUUCCCUUCCAUCCGCUCGUCCCGGGCCGUCCGUCUCUGCUCCGGGCCUCGCUCGCGCACGCCGGCCGCCGCCGUAGCCCUCGGACCUCCGCUGUCCGUCACGGGGAAGCCGUGCGUCCUGAUCCGCGACCGGCGCCCCGUCGCGGGUCCGGCGCGCCCCCAGCUGCACGUGUUCCCGCCUGCCGAGACGCAGGAGGAGGAAACGGACGCCGAGUCUGCGGACGAGUUGGACUGCAAAAUGGCUUCGCUCGGGCUGAGGCGGGAAGAUGCCAAUCCGCCGCCGCCGUGUGUGGCCAGAAGUGUGUAACUGACGCCUCCUCCCCUCAAAUUUAUUCAAUACUUUAU